UUUUUUUUUUGGGGGGUUGUUUUUGUUAUCUUUGUCUCUGGUUUCCCCAAAAAAAAAAAAAAAGAUUCUUCGUUCCUAGGCAAAUUGCAAUCAAUCAAUCUGUAUUACUCCAACCGUUAAAGCCCGAGUAGACCCUCGUUCUCUUUCUCUUCCUUUCUUAUUUUUUAUUUUAUUUAUUUUUGGUUCUUCCAUAUUUUCUGAGAAGCUGGUAAACUUCACACAAUAAAACUCACCUCCUCUUUCUUUCUUUCUUCUUCUCUAUUAUACGUCCAAUCAAUGCUUUUUUCCAAACUAACCCAUUUUGACCCAUUUCUCAGUUUCUUCAGCAUAAUUUUCUUAGACCCACUUUCCAUACACACAUUCUUUUUGCCUUAUAGCUUUACCCCCCUUUUUUUCAUCUUUUUUUUUUUUUUUUUUUGGUUAAAUAAUAAAUCAAAGCGUUUUGCAUCGAACCCAAUUUGACCUUUUUCUGAUUUGUUGAGGAAAAAAAGGGAAAUUUGAUAGCGUCCGGAUUGGAAUUUGAUCCUGAUUCAAAAAAAAAAAAACCUAGAUGCCGAGAGUAUUUGUGCAUAUCUGAAGAGGGGAAUUUUUUUUUUUUUUUUUUUUUGGGGGUGUUGAAGAAGAGGGUUAGUUAGACCCAGAUGCGAGAGCGCUCUGGAAACCCUAAUCUUAAUCCAGAACCUGAUUUCUCGUUUUAGAGUAGUAGGGAAACCUCUUUCUGGGUCGUUGAAUGGAAUCCACAUCGUCGACUUUGGUAUGUUUGGUUUUCGGGUUCGUGAUUAGCGUUUGCGCUCUCGUUGUCGAGUCUCAAUCGUCACAAGACGUAGCGACUCUCAACGCGUCACCUUCGCCUGUGGACCGGCAGCCGCACCCACCUCUGUCGCCUCCUCCGCCAUCGCCAUCGCCACCGCCAUCGCCAUCGCCAUCGCCACCGCCACCGCCACCGCCACCGCCACCGCCACCGCCACCACUAUCUCGUUCCUCGACACAGCCACCACCAUCUCCAAGGCCUCCACCUCCGGCGCCUCGUGCUCCCACAAAGAAUCUGAAUUCCGAAUCGAAUGGACCACAUCACCGCAAGCCGAAGAAGCAUCCACCACCGCUGCCGAAGAAGCAACAGCCACGGCCGCCGGCAAAACACAAAAAGAUCAACUCGGGGAAAAAGAUUGGGUUGUUGUUCGCCGGGAUUGCUGCCAUUCUUCAGAUUGGUGUGGUGGGAUUCUUGGUUUUCAAGAGACGGCAACUCCUAAAGGUCAAGAAUAGAUACGAAACUUGUUCUUGAAAUAUUUUUCAGUGUGUGAUUUCUCAUGUAUUAUUCUUUUGCUUUGGCCAAGAGACCGCAUUUGUAGUUUGGGGGGCUAUUAGUGAGAGUUGAAGUUGAAAUCAUUCUUUUUUGUGGAGCGCAUCAAAGUGGUGGGUGUUUCAUUGAUCGAAUUGAGAAUUCUUUUUGGUGAGCUCGGCAAGGAGCAUAUGGAUCAAGGAUUGAUACACAUAGCAUUGUUGAUGAUUGGAGAGCAUCGCUGGCUCUGUUUUGCCCCCUCGCAGUUGUUCUGUAAAUUGGUAAAUGUUGAUUGGUUCUCUGUCUAACUCUUAUGAAAGUUUUACAUUUUUUUUUUUUUACUGGUUUGCUUCUUUUAGCUUAAUUUACACGGAGAAGAUUAACCCUUUUUGACCUAUGGGUUCGUGUUUUUAUUUUUGUCCCUGCUAACCUGGAUCGUGACUGUAUAACAAUGGUAGAAAUUAUGGAACAAUUACCGUGACGAAAUCUAGUUUACUGUUUUUCCUGAUGCUGCCAUAAAUCGAAACUAACUUCUAUUUAUUGUCUGUUCAUACUAGUUUUAUUAUAGACUUAUUUGUAUUGUUUAAUUUGUCUCAAAGUUGUCACUAUUUGAGAAUUUUUGGUACCCCAUUCAUUAUACAUUAUAUGCAAAAUACUUUUAAGUGUUGGAGGGUUGGUUCUUAUUCUGUCAAUUGCUUGGUGCCAUUGAAUGCUGGAACAUUCCUUUCCUAUCUACGGGUAGAAUAUGCAUGGCUGAUUGCGUGACUUUUUGAUUGAUUGAUCCUAUUUAAGUUGAAAGAAUCAGUCGCUUAAGUAGAGUAGAACUAUAUAUUAUUAUGGGCUCAUUUUUCUCAUACAAGAUUAGUCGGGGUGAAUGAAUCAGUGGCAUAAAUAGCAAAGCAACCGAGGGCUUUUGAUAAUUUUACUUCUUGAAUCAACGUGUCACUUAUUUUCAGCUUAGUUCGAAGAGGACCUGUUUUGGUUUUUGGGUGGCCACUGCUGUACUUUGGUUUGACUUCUUCUUUGUUUCUUCAGUCUGAUUAAUUGGCUGAUGACCACUUUUUUCACCUUUGACUGCUUGAUUUUUGUUAGUGUUAUCUAGUUCCACCCCUUGUUUUCAGCUGAAUUGUUGGCCGCAAUGAGAAGCUUAAUGCUGUUUGAGCUUCGUCACGGUCAUCCAGUUUUGUUGGUUCAGUCUUGGGCCGACAUCAUCUUGUACUGCGUUUGAUUAAUUGCUUGAUUUCCAAGUCGGCCGUGGCUGCAUUGAACUUUGAGACAACUUCAGAUAUCACUGCACAGUGGCAAACUCAGAUGGAAGCAGGCACAGCUGUUUGGGAGUCAAGGCAAUACUAUCUAUUAUCAGCCCAAAAACCAAACCAGCAAAACUGGCUGGAGCUAAAUCAGCGUAUGUAGCUUGUCCUGAGGCCAACCCGUAAGUGAAAAAAGGGGGGAAAUUGGAAGACACAGACAAAGACCAAACGGUCAAAGAUGAAAAAUUGGUAGUCAUCAUCAAUCUUAAGCUGAUUGAUCAGACUGGAACAAACCAAGAUGAAGGCAGUCCUGGCCACCCCAGAGCCAAGACAGGUCCCUCUUGAAACGAGUCUCUGGCUUGAAACGAGUCUCUGGUUGUGACAUAAGAAGUAAAACUAUCAAAAACCAUUCUCUUUUUCACCUCAUUGGCAGGACUACCAUUAAACCUGUUGGCAUUGUGGUUCAAGAAUUGUUAAUGUGGUUAAUUUUUAUUUUAUUUUUAAUCCAACAUCUUUCUUCGUUUUGGAAUAUGUGUUUAUGGAUUGUAUUCAGCGAAUGAUCGAUAUCGGUCUAGAGAUUCCCCUGUUUUAAGGGCAAUGUUUGUACAUUUUGUUGAAGGAGGUUGAUGACGUAAAUCAAUUAUUUGGGUUUUGUUUUA